AUGGGGCAGCAGCAGUCUGGAUUUUCGGGUAAAAGAGGAGAUGAGCGCGGUGGGGGUGAUGCAGAUAAGGAAAAGAAACGUAAGUACGAGGCGCCAAUUCCAACUCGUAUAGGCAAACGGAAGAAAGGUGGUAAAGGACCUGACGCAGCCACCAAACUUCCGACUGUAACACCACAUGCACGUUGUCGAUUGAAAUUGCUGAAGUUGGAACGCAUAAAGGAUUAUCUGUUGAUGGAACAAGAAUUUAUUCAAAACCAAGAAAGGCUUAAACCACAGGAAGAAAGACAAGAGGAAGAACGAGCCAAAGUGAACGAUCUCAGAGGAACACCGAUGGCUGUUGGCAGUUUGGAAGAGAUCAUUGACGAUCAACAUGCCAUCGUUUCAACGAACGUUGGAAGUGAGCACUACGUGUCGAUACUAUCAUUUGUUGAUAAAGAGCAACUAGAACCGGGGUGUGCAGUUCUACUGAAUCAUAAGACGCAUGCAGUUAUUGGUGUGCUGGCCGACGACACUGACCCCAUGGUGUCUGUGAUGAAACUCGAGAAAGCACCUCAGGAAACGUAUGCAGAUGUUGGUGGGUUAGAUCAACAAAUCCAAGAAAUAAAAGAGUCGGUUGAGCUACCGUUGACUCAUCCUGAAUAUUACGAAGAGAUGGGUAUCAAACCACCAAAAGGUGUAAUCUUGUACGGAUCACCGGGCACUGGUAAGACGUUACUGGCUAAAGCAGUUGCGAACCAAACUUCAGCAACAUUUUUACGUGUGGUUGGGUCUGAAUUGAUUCAGAAGUAUUUGGGAGAUGGACCGAAAAUGGUUAGGGAAUUGUUCAGAGUUGCUGAGGAGCAUGCUCCGUCAAUAGUAUUCAUUGACGAGAUCGAUGCAGUUGGUACGAAACGUUACGAUUCAAAUUCGGGUGACCCGGCACUGAUUCGUCCAGGUAGAAUCGAUCGUAAGAUCGAGUUCCCUCUACCCGACGAGAAGACGAAGCGUCGAAUAUUCCAGAUCCAUACGUCCAGAAUGACACUGGCUGAUGACGUGAAUCUCGAUGAAUUCAUCACGGCGAAGGAUGACUUGUCGGGUGCUGACAUUAAGGCGAUGUGUACCGAGGCAGGACUGUUGGCGCUACGCGAACGUCGAAUGCGUGUCACAAUGGAAGACUUCAAGAAGUCGAAGGAGAAUGUGCUCUAUCGCAAGAAAGAGGGUGCUCCGGAGGCUUUGUAUCUCUGA